UGGAAUUUAAGGGGUGCCGCAACACAACUUCUGUAGAGUCCUGCCCCUUUUCCCCAAGUCUCCGCUCCAGCCUGUUGCUUUGCUGGUCGAUCCAGGUCGGUUUUUAUCACAGACUUCAGUGUGUCUCCCAAACUUCUGGGCUUGGGGUUCACUUCGGACUUAAUCCCCGCCUCUUGCAGGCUCCUCUCAGGGGCUGAGUCUCAGCCUUUGUGACAGCAAGUUCCCGGGCCUGCAGCUGGGGACUGAGAGGAAGAAUGAAGCCAUCCUGGCUGCAAUGUCGCAAAGUAACAGGCGCCGGGACGCUUGGGGCGCCCCUGCCAGGGUCGCCUUCAGCAAGAGGAGCCAGUGCAGCCCGAAGGGCUUUGGUGGCCGGUCUUGGGGCCCGGGGCUGCAGGGCUCUGGCCACCUGCAAUGGUGGCGAGUACAAGACCCAUUUCGCAGCCUCUGUGGCAGACCCCGAGAGGUUCUGGGGUAAAGCUGCUGAGCAGAUCAGUUGGUACAAGCCCUGGACCAAAACGCUAGACAGCAGAUAUCCGCCUUCCACUAGUUGGUUUGUGGAAGGGAUGCUCAAUAUUUGUUACAAUGCUGUUGAUCGGCACAUUGAAAAUGGCCAAGGCGAUAAGAUUGCAAUCAUCUAUGACAGUCCUGUCACAAACACUAAAGCAACUAUCACCUAUAAGGAAGUCUUGGAGCAGGUCUCGAAGCUGGCUGGUGUCUUGGUCAAGCAGGGUGUUAAGAAAGGAGACACUGUGGUCAUCUAUAUGCCCAUGAUCCCGCAAGCAAUAUAUGCCAUGCUGGCGUGUGCAAGGAUUGGAGCCAUCCACAGCCUCAUAUUUGGAGGGUUUGCAUCCAAAGAACUAAGUACCCGCAUUGAUCAUGCAAAGCCCAAGUUGGUUGUGACGGCAUCAUUUGGCAUUGAACCUGGACGAAAGGUCGAAUACAUCCCACUUUUGGAAGAAGCCCUGAGAAUGGGACAGCACAGACCAGGCAGAGUUCUCAUUUACAACCGUCCAAAUAUGGAGAAAGUUCCAUUGAAGUCAGAUCGUGAUCUUGAUUGGGAAGAAGAAAUGGCCAAAGCCCAGUCACAUGACUGUGUGCCUGUGCUCUCGGAGCACCCGCUGUACAUUCUCUACACUUCUGGAACAACAGGGCUACCUAAGGGUGUGGUUCGACCCACUGGAGGAUAUGCUGUAAUGCUGAACUGGACAAUGUCUUCCAUAUAUGGCCUGAAGCCUGGAGAGGUGUGGGGGGCAGCUUUUUAUUUAGGGUGGGUUGUUGGACAUUCCUAUAUUUGCUAUGGGCCUCUUCUCCAUGGAAACACAACGGUUUUGUACGAGGGAAAACCUGUGGGAACACCAGAUGCCGGCGCUUACUUCCGCGUGCUUGCAGAGCAUGGAGUGGCUGCCUUGUUUACAGCACCGACUGCAAUUAGAGCCAUCCGUCAACAGGACCCUGGGGCAGCCUUGGGGAAGCAGUACUCUUUGACAAGGUUCAAGACAUUGUUUGUGGCGGGGGAAAGGUGUGAUGUGGAGACCCUAGAAUGGUCCAAAAAGGUCUUCAGAGUCCCUGUUCUAGACCACUGGUGGCAAACAGAGACUGGAUCCCCAAUAACAGCAUCAUGUAUUGGAUUGGGUAACUCCAAAACACCUCCACCAGGGCAAGCAGGAAAAUGUGUUCCAGGAUACAAUGUUAUGAUUUUGGAUGACAACAUGCAAAAACUGAAGGCUCGGAGCUUAGGAAAUAUUGUGGUAAAGUUGCCGUUACCACCUGGGGCUUUUUCGGGACUCUGGAAGAAUCAGGAAGCUUUCAAACAUUUAUACUUUGAGAAAUUUCCCGGAUACUAUGACACUAUGGAUGCUGGCUACAUGGAUGAGGAAGGUUACCUAUAUGUUAUGUCCCGGGUGGAUGAUGUAAUAAAUGUUGCAGGCCACAGGAUUUCUGCAGGUGCUAUUGAAGAGUCAGUCCUUUCACAUGGAACUGUUGCUGACUGUGCUGUGGUUGGCAAAGAAGACCCUCUGAAAGGUCAUGUUCCUUUAGCCCUCUGCGUGUUGAAGAAAGAUAUAAAUGCAACAGAAGAACAAGUCUUGGAAGAAAUCGUGAAACAUGUUAGGCAGAGCAUUGGCCCUGUGGCUGCUUUUCGAAAUGCAGUUUUUGUCAAACAGUUACCCAAAACGAGGUCUGGCAAGAUUCCACGGUCUACGCUGUCUGCCUUGGUAAAUGGCAAGCCUUAUAAGGUAACGCCUACUAUUGAGGACCCCAGCAUUUUUGGUCACAUAGAGGAAGUGCUGAGGCAGAGCCUGUGAUUUUUAUCUACUAUGUCCAGUCAGUCUGUCUUCAUCUUCUAACUGGAUUUAAGUUGUUUAUUUUCUAUAAGUAAAUACUUAAAAAUUCAUUUUUAACUCAAAUGUGAGCCUUAGAAUUAAUUCAGUCUAAUAACCCAUGAAAGGGCUAUAUUUUAUGUUAUGUUAUGUUAUGUUAUGUUAUGUGAGCCAGUUCAUAUUGUUACCUCUUUCCUGUAACAUGAAUCAUUAUAUGCUAUCUUGCAUAUUAAGGAACAUGUCUUUGGUGUACGUUUUUAUAAAUUCAUCUGCCUUACAAACAUAUUUCAGUUGAAAGCAUCUGUAAUAUAAGCACACUUCCAGGAGAUAAGAGUCAGCCACCCUUUGAUCAAAAUCUAAAUUCAAAUCAAGGUAAAAUAUAAUUUCCAUUGUUAUUGUGGAACCUCAGAUGUUUAAUGUUUUGAAGAUGACUAACUUGUUUACGGUAAUCAUCUAAAGAUGAUCGUGUAAGCAACACAAGGCCGAGAAUGGAGCCGUGUUGCUAGGUUCUCUGCAACACAGGGUCCCAGAAUGGACUACCAUUUCUAGGUUGUCUGUGACCGGGUAAGGGGAGGCAUAUGUCUGCCAGAGAAAUUAGACAGUUUUCCCUCAAAUCUUUUGUAGAAUGGAGGCUCGUCAAAUCCCCUGCCCGAGUUGAUUGCGUAGAAAUGGAAUGAAGUGAUAAACGGAUUAUAUAAAGAAAAAUAGGGAAGUUUUAGUCUUAUUCUAAAAAUUAGAAGAUGUUCUAGAUAAUAUCAAUGAGUUCCCCCAUUCUGUUUUGUUUUUUCUUUUUCUUUCUUUUUUCUUUCUUUCUUUCUUUUUUUUUUUUUUUGACAAGGUGACAUGUUUUCUUGGUUGGCCUCACAUCUACUAUACAUGAGUGUGGCUGUCUUGGAAACCCUGGUACUCUAAAUCUCGGUUGUUGGGAUACUAUUGUACUGAGUUCCAAAUUCGCGUUUUUGUUUGUUUGUUUGUUUGUUUGUUUCUCUCUCUUAUGGGAUCAAACCCAGAGCCUUCUGCACAUUAGGCAAGCACUCUUCCACUGAGCUAUACUCUAGGAGAUCAAUGAAUUUAUGGUGGAUUCUUGAGCCAUAUAUCCCAACAAGGGAUUUUUAAUAAGAAUAUGAAGCGUUAAGUACUGGAAAUCAUGUGUUCCAUCUAGGAGGCAGCCAUAACAGUCAAAUCUGGCUCAGGAGGAAGACUGCACGAACCUCUGAGUUUCAAGAGAACCCCAAAUGUCUGCUUUUACUGCAAGUUUUAACUUUGAAUAAACGUUAACUCAUUUACAAAUUAUGCUCUAACAUUUAUUUCCAUCUACACUUCUAUAAAAUGAUUGAGCCUUUUCAAAAAAUUGAAAAUGAGCCUUUAAUAAGGUUAUAGAAGUAUACCCAUUAACUAGAGUAGAAAGAAAUAAUUAACGAGCUUAGAGCUCUACAUGUAUUAUUCAUCAGAGCAUACAUUUAAAUCCAAAAAGUAUACUUUCAUUGAAUCAUUGAAAGUUUUCAGAAUAAUUUCUCAGUACUUCAGUUUUUGGGAAAUAUUAUUAUGAAGAGCCCAAUGUUCUAACAUAACCAUUCAAAUACAUGAAAUGCAGGUGGAAAGCAACAAAUUAGAAUUUUCCUGUCAUAAAAUAUGUGUAUUUUAUAUAGCUCUCCUUUGCGUAGAUAAUAAGUGACUUCUCAAAGGAAACUUUUACUGAUUAAACUACCUUCUUCAUUGAUAAAUCUGAAAACAAUAUCUUUAUUCUCUUUAAUUGUUUUGGUACCUUGAGUUAAACCAACUGGAUAUACAUAUUAUUACUAGAACCUGUUCAGUUCUUUGAAUUUCCCAUUGUAUGUGUAAAUUUUAUACAUUAUCAAGACUAUAGGGUUAAAAACCAUUAUUAUUUUUAAUAUGUUAGCAUUAUGGUGCAGUUCAUUAUUUUCCCCCACUUGAGUCAGAUAUUUUAACUGAAUUCAUCAUUUUUGUUUGCAAGUUACAAACUCAGGCAAAUCUAAGGACUGAAAAAGGAUUAUCUUCAAAUCAUUUGUAGAUAUUCCUCUUUAACAGAUCUGAAGGGACACCUCCGCAAACAGGCCUGCAUUAUUUUCCAAUUGUGGGACUCUAAGAACAAAAAACAUAUAAGCAAACAAAAAGUCAAGUGCAUUACACUUUGGAUGGAGCUGUUUCUUAUAUUUCAGUGAGGAACUUCUCCACUACAGUCCAGAGACAGUGGUCACAUUUAUGUGGAUAAAAUGGAGAAAUGAAAUAUUUAACAUAUGCAUCAGACAGUUUACAAUUUGGGGAGAAAAUUAAAUGACUUCUUAUUUUAAGUAUCACUAUACUAUUUUUGCCAAAUUUCAGCUGAAGUUUUUUGAAUUGGGUGUGUCUUUGAUAGCAAUAAUUCUACAAAAUGUGACCAUACUUCUAUUUACCUAAAUUGGUUCUGUGUAAUCUUGUAUUUUAUGAAAUUUUUAAAUUUGUAAAACAUUUGAAACAAAAAUAAAUGUACUUUAGUAACUAAA